AUAACCGCAAAAUUUUAGCUUGAUAAAAAAUAGUAUAAAGCAACGUCCGAUGAUACUAAGUUCAUCAAAAUAAUGUUUUGCAGUACAACCAGACAUUAAAAUUAAAAGAACUAAUCAAAGUGAUACCAAUGAAACAUAAUCUUGGCUUUACUAACGUUCAUUCUAUUUUUAUGUAAACAAACUUAAAGUGACUUUGCAAAUUUUUAUAAAUUUAUUAUUAAUUUAAAUUAAGUUUUCUGGUCAAUUUUUAUUGUUUUUCAUUUUGUGAGCGAUUGCAAGUCUGUGGCUAGUCGUAUAUCAUUCUGCCAAAGGAAUAAUCUUUUCCUUAGAAUUAUAUCCAAAAUGUCAACAAACACAGAAGAAAGUCUUUUGAAUUCAGCAAAGCUCUUGGUGCCCAGCUUAUCAGAGCCAAAACACAAAGGUCAAGAUGGAAGAAUUGGAAUUGUUGGAGGCUCAUUAGAGUACUCUGGUGCUCCAUUUUUUGCUGGUAUUAGUGCCUUGAGAACUGGAGCUGAUUUAGUACACAUUUUCUGUUGUAAAGAGGCCAGCAUCCCAAUAAAAUCUUUCAGUCCAGAACUUAUAGUUCAUCCAGUUUUGGAUGAUUUAAAUGGGUUAAAUUUAAUUGAACCGUGGUUAGAACGUUUACAUGUUAUUCUAAUUGGCCCUGGACUUGGAAGAGAUGAUCAAGUGUUUCAAACAGUGUCAAAAUUGAUUACAAAGUGCAAGAAAUUAUUAAAACCUUUGGUUAUUGAUGCAGAUGGUUUAUUUUUGGUUGGUAAGAAUCCAGAAUUAAUUAAAAACUAUCCUGGUCUUGUGCUAACUCCAAAUGCCAUGGAAUUCUCAAGAUUGGUCAAAGCUAUUAUACACAAGGAUAUGACACCAUCUCCAAUUGUUGAAGAUAAGAUUAUCAAGGAGCUAGCCGAAGCCAUAGGCGAACAAGUGAUCGUAGUACAAAAAGGAAGUAGCGACGCGAUUGCCAACGGCUCUAAGAGUACCGAUCCAAUUCAUUGCAGCAUUUCUGGUUCAGGUCGUCGUUGUGGUGGUCAAGGGGAUCUUCUUUCCGGUGCAAUCUCGAUAUUCACAUGCUGGUCAAAGGGUCGGACGCCAAAUACAAACGAUCCGAUUUCACCGGCAAUGCUCGCUUGUUACGCUGCUUGUCGUCUUGUGAGGGAAUGCAAUGCCGAAGCUUUCAAAGUGAAACGACGCGGAAUGCUUGCUUCGGAUAUGAUCGAGGCAAUCGCUCCGACUUUUUACAGACUUUUCGAGAAGGUUUAGCUUGUGACG